CCAAUCGAUAGAUGCUAUUGGCUCCGAAGCCCGUCUGUUAGGUUUGUGGAGUCCUGUAGUCAAUACUGGAUGCAUAGCGCUGUAGGCUAAGCCAUAGCCCGAUAAGUAUGCUCCAUACAGCCAAACGUGCUGUAGGUAGCUUGCCAUUGCAGCGUAUCCCUUUCAGGACACUUUCAUUACAACCAUUCAGCGCUGCAAACACGAACUUCUCUCAACUUAGCCGGUCGUCAUCCGCAUUUCGCAUGUACCUUGCCAACAACCAAGCCCGGGCACUCAACCCACGUCUCGCAACACCCGCUCUGUCUGCCGCAUUUCACCAGAGAAUGUCAACCGCUACCAAGAUGCCCACAACGUCCGCCAACAACCCUGCCGUACAAGCCGCCCUCGGCAAAUCCACAACCGUCGUACUGCACACAUGCAAAGCCACAACCGCCACAACCGCCGCUUUCGGAGACGCCUCUGUCGCCCUAACCGACGUCCUAACCACCCUCAAGCCCGCCACAACCGCUCCCUCCCCCUCAUCGGGCCCUUCUGAGCAGCCGACGGGAAUGGUUUCGGAGGCGGCUCUCCUUGCGGCGUUCAGUGACGUACCGAUUGUCAGUAGUGCAGUGGUGCGGGCGGGGGCUGCAGCUGCGGCCUCCGACCCCGGGAGCGGCGGUGUCAGUGUGACGGUCCAGCUGCAGCAGCGCAACCUGCCCUCCAACAGCCAGCGCCGCUACUCCAUCACUGCGGGGC